UUCCAUACCCUCUCAUUGCUCACGUAGUGUCUUUCUGGGAAAAAUGAAAUGAAGCAUAACCUCAAAGUUUCCUUUCACAGCAAUUUCCUCCUAGCUGCAAAUCCACAUUGAUGUUUUUCCUACAUUUUACAGUUGCACACUUUCCCCCCUCCAGUUUUAGGUGGAGAGAUUCAACAAGUGCUGGGUUUUCUCACAGAGCAGCUGUGUCAAUGCAUCUAACCAUCUCUCUUCUUGUGGUCCUCAGGCAACCCACUGACUGUGGCCUGCAAAGCUUUCUUUGGGUUCAGUGGUGAAUCUGGCCCCAUGAUCUACUGGAUGAAAGGGGAAAAAUUCAUAGAAGAAUUAGAAGGUCACAUUAGAGAAGGUGAAAUCAGACUCCUCAGAGAACAUCUUGGAGAAAAAGAAGUUGAAUUGACAUUGAUCUUUGAUGCUGUAGAGGAGGCAGAUCUGGCUAACUAUACGUGUCAUGUGGAAAACAGAAACGGACGGAAACAUGCCAGCAUUCUUCUGCGCAAGAAAGAUUUGAUCUACAAAAUAGAGCUUGCUGGAGGAUUGGGAGCCAUCCUUCUUCUGCUUAUUUUGCUUGUCACCAUCUAUAAGUGCUACAACAUAGAGUUAAUGCUGUUCUACAGACAAAACUUUGGAGGAGAUGAAGCAGCAGAUGAUAACAAGGAAUAUGAUGCGUAUCUUUCAUACACCAAAGUGGAUCCUGAUGCACUGGAUUGUGAUAAUAAUGAAGAGGAGCAGUUUGCACUAGAAAUUCUGCCGGAUGUUCUAGAAAAGCACUAUGGAUAUAAGCUCUUCAUUCCAGAUAGGGACCUGAUCCCUAGUGGAACCUACAUUGAAGAUCUCACAAGAUGUGUUGAGCAAAGCAGAAGACUCAUUAUCGUGUUAACUCCAGACUAUAUUCUCAGGAGAGGAUGGAGUAUUUUUGAGAUGGAAAACAGACUCCAUAACAUGCUAGUCAGUGGAGAAAUCAAAGUUAUUUUGAUUGAGUGUACUGAAUUAAAAGGGAAAGUGAAUUAUCAUGAAGUGGAAUCUUUAAAGCACACCAUCAAACUUCUCUCAGUGGUCAAGUGGAAAGGACCAAAAAGCAGCAAACUGAAUUCUAAGUUUUGGAAGCGCCUAGUCUUUGAAAUGCCAGGGAAGAAAAAGGAGGUGGUGUCUCGGCGUCAGGUCCUGGAUUCUGCGGAGCAGGGCCUCUUUGGAGACCUCCAGACUGUACCCUCUCUUGCCGUCACAGGCACUUCUGCCACGCUGGUAGAAUCGCGGGCUGAUCUAACUGAUUGCCAUCAAGCAGAUUCUGUGCAAAUGAGACAUUAUUGCAGAGGAUACGAAUAUGAUGUGUCAGCAGCAACAUUGCCAAUAGCUUCCAUAAGCAACCAUCAUACAUACUGUAACAUACCUUUGACACUCCUAAAUGGACAGCUACCUCUUAACAAUACCAUGAAGGAUUCCCAGGAGUUUCACAGGAACAACCCAUUGCUACCUUUAUCAGCAAGGGAGCUUAGCUUCACCAGUGAUAUUUGGUAGUGAAGAUCAGGACACUUUUGAGAUGCUUCAUGACUGCCAUGAAGACACAUUUUUAAAGAACUUUGCCCAAACCCCAUGGGGCAUCAAAUCAUAUUUGAAGCAGCGGCACACUUAUUUGCUUUUCUACUUGAACUUUUUUGUUUACAUUUACAAAUUAUUGACAAAGAGGGCAUUCUUUUGUAAGUCAGCAAUGUCCUUCCUGUCUUUUAAUGUACAGCUUGAUUGCUUCUUUAAAGAAGGGGGAGAGAAAAAGCACAUCCCAUCAUUCUACAGUUAGGGAUGGAUAACAGUUUGCUGUAUAUGAUCUCCAGCAUUUGUAUCUAAGUAAUAGUAUUUCAAAUACACUGAAGUUGUUGGCUUUUUCGUAUAAACUUCAGUACAGUUUGAAAUUCCAGUAUCAUAUCAUGCUACAAAAAUUAUCUCCUGCACAGACCACAAGGGGUUAAUCAUUCUCAACAGGAAGGAGGAGGAACUCUUCCCGGUACCAUUGUCUCUCAGAUGCAUUUUAGAAGAUGACUAGCUGAAACAAUGCAGAUGAAGCUUUAUCAAUAAAGUGCAUAGUAACACUUACUAAAGAAUAAAUCACCUGCUUGCAUCAGCACCUUUUCAUUUGUUUGUUGAGACAUGUUGCAUUCCCAGUGACUGGUUAGCAAUGUGGUUUUGUUAAACAGCUUAUUAGGGUAUUGGAAGGUGUUUAGCGGGAUUUAAAACAACUUUUCUGUGAUUAAUAGAUUAUUUCAGACUUAUUUUUGCAGGUUUUUAAUGACAUUUUAAAAACUGACUUAAGUACAAAUUUGUCUGUUGGUGAAUUCAUUGAUUUGAAAUUUCGUAAGAUCUCUUGAGUUGUUUUAAGAUUUGUAAAAAGGCAGUGUAAUUUUACACAGUAUUUUUUUUCCAAAAUCAAUAGUUAAAAUUUCAAAUUAACCUUUUUUUCUGAAAACAUCAGCAAUAGAAAAUCAUUACUGCAGCAAUAUUCAGAGAUGAAGUGCUGAAUUAUCCAGGUUUACUAGUAAACUGACUUCAAAUGCAGUGAUAAUCACCUGAGGCAGUUCUCUCUCUAUCUACCUGACAAUUUACAUCCUUUUAAAAUAUGGCUGAAGCAGGAAUAUUUCCACUCUGUGCAACUAGUGAAAAGUGAUAUUUUUAAAAAGCUGGUAAAGUCUUGCAUUUCUUCCAUUUGUUAUGUACACAAUCCCAUCAGUCAAAUGAGGACACUCUCAUUUAUCUUCCAUGGAAAGCACUGAAUCUGAGUUUUGUUCAGACAAGUAUGUUUCAUAAGGAUUUCCAGACCCAGCUGAUCACAGGUUCCAGUCAGACCAUGAAGACAGCCGUACUCAUGGAAAAAGCUGUAAAUAACAAAGGCAGAAGCCUUUGGCACAGCUUUACUGAAAACACAGUAGGCAUGAGAGUUUUGUCUCAGUAAGAUCUGCUGGAGCAAGUCCCCAAAAAUGUUUUUAAGGCAGGCAAUCUUGCCUGUAUUUCAGUAUGUUUUUUGCAUUGUCCUCUUUGAUUGCAUGGAUAAAAGCAUUCUGCACUCAGCUGUCUGUGGUUCCGUCAGCAAACAAGUUCAGUAAAUCCUUAGUGUUUAGCAGUGGUUCCUAAAUUGUACCCUACAGUCAAAGUGAAAACAAACACUGACGUAAGACUUAGAAGUAUCCAGAAUUGGCCCAAAGGCCAUGAGAACGAUCUCAAACAUGCAAUAAUUCAUAGAGGUCGAUACUUUUCCAUUGCUUCUUUCCCCAGUACUUUAUUCUGUGCCCUCUUACAUCAGUUUUAUCUGAAAACUUCUCCUUAGGUUCUAAAAAAUAUGUUUCUCUUGUUGCUUUUUCCAGUAUUGUCAUUAUGCAUUUGACACUAACACCACAACGGUUCUCUAGGAAAGAUACUAAUUUAUUACACAAUAUAGGACUAUAACUUGCUCUUUUGUGAAGUUAAGUUCGGAACAUAUAGAUAGGUGUUUAAUAUACAUAUUUUUCUACUGAGAAAGAAAGUGAUUUUACCUCCAUUAUAAAUAUAUGUAUUUCAACCUCCUCCCAGAAAUCUAUGAAAUUUGCACUGUUUUAUAAGUGUUACGGACUGUGUUUACACUGGCUGUGUCCUUUAAUGCAAAAUGUAAUUUUGAAAAAGAACAAAAAAAGUAAAGAAAACCCUGCAUGAAGAGAGCUGCGUAUGUUUAAAUGAAAAGCUGUACUUUUCAUUAUUUUCCUUUCCACUUUACUUUAGAAUCCGGUUAAUUCACAUAGAAUGUUCAGUGAGAUUUCAAACCUACUAGUUCUUUAUUAAGCAUGCAAACUGCAAAAAAAGAAAAAAAGAAAAAAAGAAAAAUCCACAUACAGAUUGGUCUGCUUUUUUUACUUACAAUGAUUAGAUAUGGAUAGCCAAUUCAUUUACUUGAUGGCUUACUCUUAGAGCAGUAGCUAUUCAAAAGCAAAAUGCAGUCAUGUUUGUAUUGAAGUAACAUGAAAAGAACAGUUUUUCUGUCAUUUUGCAAAGCACAUUGUGUGUCUGUGUAUCGAUAUAUUUUAGUUAUAGAUGACAAGUCACAAUCUGCUUUAAGAUUUCAGAGUGUAUUGAGUACGAUGACAAUAUAUACAUGAAUCAGAACUGCCUGUACCCCUCUGCUUUCAGUGCGGGGAAGGGACUUGAGCUCAGGAGGCUUCCAUUGUCUCAGCUUCGUGUAGCACUGCUGUGACGUGCCAGAGAUCAAACAUCACUAUAGGUAGUGAUGAAGGGCCUGGAAAAAUCCUGCCAAGCAGUGAAAUGCAUGUGUGAGUGGGACCUGGGUGGCACAGAGCCUGGGGGCCUUCCCAGUGUGCAGCCAUGAGCAUCGUGCUGUAGCUGCCCUGCAGCUGGAUCAGGGCCAGGGGUGCCAAAACAUUUUGCUCGUUCAUACAAACUUCAUUAGCUGAAACAGAAGGGCAUUCUGCGUUCCUCUAUCUCACCUAAGCCUCGUACUUAUUCAGCUGGAGAUACUGGGGAUGAAGCCAGGGCUCUCCCUUGGCAGUGCUUAUGGCUGCAUCCUGUACACAUGGCUGUGCAGCCCCUGCCACUCACAGCCUGUAGGCCUGUAUGGCAACCUGUGUAAUGGCCUGUACAACAGCCUGCAGGCCUGUAUGGCAACCUGUGUAAUGGCCUGUACAACAGCCUGCAGGCUUGUAUGGCAGCCCGUACAACAGCUUGUAUGACAGGCUGUGGGCCUCUAUGAUAGCCUAUAUGAUGGCUUGUGUAACAGUCUGUAUAACAGCUUGCAGGCCUCUAUGACAGCCUGUAUGACAGCCUGUAUAACAGACUGUAGGCCUGUAUGCAGCCUGUAUGACAGCCUCUAUGACAGCCUGCAGGUCUGCAUGACAACCUGUAUGACAACCUGUACAACAGCCUGACAAGUUCACAAGCGGGUAAAGAUCCUUCCUGCAGCCAUACACACCUUCUGAAUUGGGGCACGUUCAUUUUAAGUGCUUUGGUUGUAAUGUUUCUUUGGAUACUUACCUUUGUGUGUGAUGUGCUUCAGAAGCAAUUAUGGUUUGAAGGCUGUAUAUAGAAAUUAGCUAGAAAUUGAAAACCUAUUCAGUCUACAGAUUUUACAUUCCUAAAGAACAUUCAGAGAGAAGGCAGGGUAAUUUUGAUGUUAGUAACAAGGCAGUGUGAAGAUGGAAAGUUGUGGAGGGGGGUGUGGGAAUGGGACUGUGUGCUUAGGCAGUGUUCUAGUAAUCCUUUCUGUAGACACUGAAUGAGAAAGCUGUAUUAACAUAUUGCCAUCUUCUGUCUGCAAAGCCUGCUGCAAAAACCCUUCAGUCUAACAGAAACAGUUCCAUCAAAUGCAGUAGACCUAAAGUAAGGUUAUAAAGCCAAGCAGUACUUUUACUGUGUUCAGGGGAAUAAAGAGAAGACCAAAGGGCCAGAAGUCUAGAGACUAAUAAGCAUUUGAUUAUUUACUCUGUCUUGAAUCAAGCUUAUUUUUGUCUCUGGUGCGGAUGUGCUCCAGCACUGUCCAGCCUUGGGAAAGGAAUUUUGUUCAUUUCUUUGUUAUAAACAAGAUAAGGACUUGAGAAUAAAUAACAGAUCCUUUUAGAACAAAAUCGAUGUGGUUUUUAAGGAUUUCUACUCCACUCUCAGUAGCUUCUUUUGAUUCAACAGACUUAAUUCAUGCAAAUUCAUAAGGACAUACUUAAAUUCCCCUUAAUUGGGUGAGAAAUACUUUACCGUGUGGGGUUUAGACUGGUUCAUAGACCAGUGCCUGAAAUAAUGGUAUUUAAGCACUUUUAGAAUUAUGCCCUUAUGGAGAUCCUCAGAGCAGCUUGUCUGAUUUUGGUCCCUGCAUAGAUUUAAGUGCUGUGGCAGAGCAGUUGGCAAGUCUUGCCAUCCUGGGUACAGGACAGGCAGUCCUUGGUGCUCACCAGCUUGGCAGUGACAUUGCCCUGGAAGCUCAGUGGCAGAGUGGGGAGCAGUGUCUCUUGUGUCCCAUUGAGGCAUCCGGGGGCUUUCCCUGUGACCUUGAUGAGCAGCACAAUGCAGGAAGCCUCUUCCUCUAUGCAGCAUUUUGUGCAUCUUGUCCCACUUCAAGGUUCGUGCUGGGGCCACAGAGUUAUUGGAAGGUAGAGAGUGCAGAGUGUGAAGAAAGGAGAGGAAGAAAAGAGUUGUCACAGAGUCCAAGUGUUUUGCAGGCAGAAAUGCCAAUUCAGCACAGCACAGUGACAACCCUUGCAUGAACACUUCAUGUUUGCCCACUAUUCAGUGGUUGCUGGGCAAAGUUCCCCUGAACAAUACCAUUUUUUGCCAGCUCACUUGCUUCAAAACUGUUGUUUUGAUCCUUUUAAAAUUAAACUGUCAUUUCUCAUCGGGCAGAAAAUUUUCUCGGUGUAUUCCAUACGCACACACAAAAAACCCCUUCUGUUUUAUGUGUGUGGAAAUUCCCACAAAGUAGAAAUCUGUGCUUCCUGCUGGUCCUGUGGGUUUGGAGCUCACACGCGAUGCCAACAGUGCUGUUCAGUCACCUCUGGUAAGCAGCAGAAAGGACACAGGUUGUGCUGUGCCAUGGCUCCUAUUGCUGGGAAGUCUGUACUCCAAAUAUAUAAAAGUACCAUGCCCUGUGUCUUGAAAGUAUUUCAGGUUUUUAAACUUCGUAAGUAAUAGUGACUCAAAUUGUUCCUUUUUGACUCCAGUUAGCACAGCAUAUGUUAAGAAUAUGGGAAUUUGAAAUAUGCUUUAUGUUACAGGAGGAAAUAAAAAUUUGAAAAUGGAUAGUGAUGGCAUGUCACGUCUGGGGAAACACAGAGGACAAUGUUGAUUUGCACUUUCUUGUUGCUGAAAUCUAUUUUUUGUUUGCUUCCCUAAAGAAAUGACAUGAUGUGAUUGGGGUGGUGAGUGGGGGAGAGCUUUGCAUUGCUUACGUUGCUCACUGCAAAAAGACAUUUCAUCAUAUCAGUGCUCCUGGAGAAAUCCAGAGGCUAAUAAGGCUGCUCCAGAGAGGCAUACAAGGUCUAAAAGAAAGAACUAUGAAGUAAAAGUUACCGAGCUUUGCCAGGAUUUUUGUCAUUUAAAUCUAAAACAGCAGCACUGCCAAUAGAAGCAGAACAUGACCUGUCAGCAUUUUUGCUUCAUUACAAUAUCAUUGUACAGCUAUAGGCCAAGCAGAAAAACAAAUAAAUAAUAAAAAUACGGUUUGUCAAGCUGAGCCAGAUUCUCAUGGUAGGUAUUCCAUAAACACCGCCUGUAAUUCAUUUUGAUAGAGUGUAAUAGGCUUUGCAAGAUUUUAAGAGCUUUCUCUUCAGGACAAACACAAAGAGAAAACAACAUAUUUUGUAUUAGAUGAGUUUCACUAUUUCUUUCAAUUCCAUAAAAUAAUUCCUUUUUACAAAGCAGUGAGUGAUAAAUAUUUUCCUGGCUGCAAGUGGAUUGCCAAAGUGUGAGCAGCGACAGCUACUGCUGAAUCCAUCAGAGCUAAAGGGCCAGCAGGACUACCCUGGAGUUCAGUGGGGUAGCCACCGUGCUCACGCAUGACAGGAUGGGCUCAGGUGUUGGCUGUUGGCUGCUGAUGUGCUGACUGAUGAUAGAGAAUAACACACGAGUAAAGACUGUGCUAUAUAGAGGGAUUUACAAAGUCUCUUGUGACCUCUUUUAGUGGAGCAAUGUAGGCGAGGCAAGGUGGAAAUAAGGGUUGUCAGAGGGAGAACCAUGCUUCUCAUUUCUAUUUAAAUUCAAAUUAUUUGAGAUUCUGAUCAUGGCUCUGGGAUUUAUGUGGAGGAGAGCAAUAAUGAUUCUCGUGCUGGUAGUGUCAGGGGCUUUGUCUUUACUACCAAGACAUUUUCCUGAGAAAUCCAGACCCUGACAUAGCCUCGACUUAAUGUAAAUUUGCCUCUUAUGAGAGAACUCAAGAAGAGAAGCUCUAAUGAGAUGUGAAGAAGCUUUUAAAGUACAAUGUAUUCUGAUCAGUAUAUGUAUAUGGCUUAAAGGUAACUUCUGCCAGCGCAUAGAAGGGAGCACUGAAUACCUACACCCCAGAUAGCAUUAGAGUCUGAAUUCCUUGUAGACUGUGUAGAGAAAAUUAGCAUCUACUCCACAAAUAAAAACAACUUUUAAAGCCCUUAACAGCUCCUUGAUUAAAAGAUAUCAAAGGCUUUACGAUCAUGAAUCAAUCUAACACCUAACUGGGGUAGGGAAAUCUUUUCAUCCUCUCUUUAGGAAAAGGAAAACAGGAUCAGGAUCCAUAUUGCCCAAGAUCCUACCAAAACCAUAGCAGAGGUAGGGUCAUGCCCCAUCACCCAGUCCCAAGCUCUGCUCAGUGGAUAACAUUCCCUGGACAAGAUGGGUGAUUACACUGCAAAUUGCCCCAGCCUGGCUCUGGGGCCAUAUCUUCUCUCAACCAAAAGGAAAAAAAAGAUUAUUCCAGUCUGCGUGAGCAGCCUCCGAAUGCCCUGUACGUGGGUUGCACAUUUUGCAGAACACAGAAGGGCUCUCCUGGUGUUGACUGGAACACUUCCUUUGGGAUCAGCAGCUCACUGCAGAGAGAUGACAAGACAGAAGCUAAUCACUGGCAACAAAGUGGUUUUGGAAGGACACGGGCUGACAAGAAGAUGAGAUGACAGGAAAUCUCUGUUGUAGCAAAUUAUUGGCAAAAGGAGAUGGUGGGGAAAAAAAUGGAACUGACAGAUAAUUUAUACCUAACAACCAGCCUGAACCCAGCUCAGAGCUCUGUCUCCUCACUGCCAAUCUCAGGGAAAAACUGAACAGAGUUCAAACUUUAUUGCUGACACCCAUCAACAUAAUGAACGGAGUCAGCAUCUGUGAUACGGUAGUGCCAGCCUGAGGGGAAGGCUGCAGUCCAGGGCCGGAAGUUUUCAGUCACCCUUCUGAACAAUUUCUCCUUACAAAAUGCUUACACCAGCGCAGGUAUGGGUAUGUCUGGGCCCACAGCUCAAAGCAGCACUUCACUGCUGAACAACAGGUGUGCUUGGAAGAUCAGUCACCGGGGGGAAUGCACUUUAGUGGUAACUGCAGCGUGCUCUGAGGCACACAAAUGUCUCAAGGGUUCUGUGAGUUCUGAGUCCAGGCCUGGGGCUCCCAGCACAAGAAGGACUGGAGCUCUUGGAGCGGGUCCAGAGGAGGGUACUAAGAUGAUCAGAGGACUGGAUCAUAGGCUGAACCUAUGAGAAAAGGUUGAGGGAACUGAGCUUGUUUAGCUUGGAGAAGAGAAGGCUUCAGGAAGACCUCAUUGUGGCCUUCCAAUAUUUGAAAGGAGUGCAUAAACAGGAGGGAGAAUGACUGUUAACAAGGGUGGAUAAUGAUAGAACAAGG